AUGUCCAUCGAACCCGACGCCCACCCGCGCCCCUUCCCCCAAGACCUCCCCCCGCGUCCCGAACCGCCGCCGUCAUCAUCAUGGCGCACCCGCAGCUGCCCCGGCUUCCGCAGCUGCUGGAGCUUCAGCUGGCACGCGUACAGCCUCGCCACCCCCGACAGCGCCGUGCUCGCGCGCCGCGCAUGCAUGAUCAUCACGCUGGCGGCGCGGACGGGCCUCUCGGUCUGGGGCGUCGUGUUCGGGGCGUACAGCGCGGCGGUCGUGGGCACGGUCGUGGGCAUUGUGCUGGCGGUCGUUGGGUUCCUGUUCAUCGCGUGGUGUCUUGCGCAGGUGGGGGAGGUGGAGGGGAGGAGGAUUGUCUUGGGCGCGGGGAUCGACCGCUGGCACUUCGACAUAUUCCUCAUCUUCUCUGCCUUGAUCCACAUCGGUGCGCUGAUAGGGGUCUUCACCGGAAUGGGACAAACGGGUUUCCUGGUUAUCUGGUACGGGAUGUGGCUUUUACUGUUUGCGGCUGCUUGGAUUACUACGUGGGAUCCUGUGCCGUUGGCUGGGUCAUAUGUAUAG